CCAACCAUUUCGAAAUGAAGCAUGCAAUUUUUAUUACACCCACUAUCCUCCACCAGAUAUAAAGUUUCGACCGAAAAGAUUCUCAUAAUAAAUCUAACUUUACCUGUAUAUCUAUAACGUAUUUGACAUGCGUCAAACGUCCGAAAUAAAUGGCAAAAUUUCUCGUUUUUAACGUAAACGUUUCAUUCUAAAUUUUGUUAUGUGUUUGUAAUAAUCAGUUUCGCAUAAAAAUUCACCGUUAUGGAGAAAAUUGCCACCGAGAAUCUGUUCCUGUUGGAGUUUCUAGUGGACAGCGUUACUUUGGAUCCGAAAUGCGACUGCGAAGCUCCCCCUGGAGAGACAUGCGUCUCUUUCCAGUUUCUGGAUAACGCGCCUUUGGACGUGUGCGAGGCGGAUUUCAACCCGAAAAGAAGCAUUAAAAACGAUAGAGGAUCGGUGAAGAGCGGGAAAAGUUGCUUGUUUUCGCUCAGUCCAGAACAAGCGACGGCAGCUACAGAGCAAUUCGACAUAGCUGUGUCGGUAAUGAGAAAAAUGCAACCGGGAUGGUUGCCAGAGACUGUCGAAAUAGGUGCAUCUGUUAUAUCCGUAUCCAAUUUAUUCAAUGAGUUGAUCAGCAGCGUCGAAUUAUCUGAUGGCAGCUCUCCCACAGCCAAAACACUGAAAGACGUUUUCAAUAUCAGCGAUCCAUCAAACGCCAGCACUGUAAUAGGGAAAAUCAGUGUUUACAUUCGCAUGUCGUGUUUUGGAAAGCUCAUCGUGACCCAAUUUCAAAUGAAUUUGGACGACAAAAGUGUGUUAUUUAAAGACAAGGAAGGAAAAAGUUUAUAUAGGUAUAAGAAGGCUGGUAAAAAGGGUGGACAGCAAGGUGGGGAUUUGCAAAGAGGAUACAAUUCAACUUGUCCCACCUCACCCUGUCUUCGACCAAGUGGUGCAGGUCCUCAGGAAGCGUUCAAUCCACGUUACGGCUCCAUGCCCAAUGAUUUGUCCGGGUUUCCCAAUACGAACACGAACGGACUUGGACAAUAUGCUGCCGGUUGCCCGGCCGGUUGUCCGAUACAGCAGCCAGGCGGAUUCCAAAACGGCUUACCGGCGAAUAACAUGAUGACGCCUUGCAAUGAGUGCGGAUACAUACCCAACGCGGCAUGUUUACCUCCUGGAGCUGGCAUGAUGCCUAACGCUUUUGAUAUGGGACCAGUAAUGCCGCAAGUUCCCGAUGGAAAUUAUCAAGAGAUCGGAGCCAGUUUGGGCGGGAACUCGUUAACCAUUCGGGUUCAUAAGGACAAGGGCAAAUUGGAGCAGGUCGAUCCAAACGCGCCGGAUUGUACUUGCGGAGAUGGAGGAGCGUUGGCUAUUUCUGGAAAAAGCCAAAAUCAACAGGCAUUCGCCAUGCGUCCCGGCGUACCAGGAAACAGUCCGUUUUCCUUUCGAAUGGGCCAACACGGCGACUCAGGCGGUUAUGGACAGGGUGGCAACGUAGUUGUCAAUCCACCCGUAUGCACUUCUCCAGAUGGGACGCAGUUUACAGAAUUUUCGGAUCCGAAUAAAGAAAUGUUCAUUUUAAGAAUAGGCAAGAAAAGCGAAGGUGUCGAUAAGAAAAAUAAUUUGGAACUAGAACUUCAAACACCAAAAGGUCCACCGUUGAAACCUAUUCCGAAAAAAGAAACGGUUGAAACUCAAUACGAUCCAAAAGAUGUAGGUGCUGAUGAUACUGCGAGUAAAAAGAGUAAGGGAUGCAAAGGUAAAGGAGGUGGCAAAGGAAAAGGAAAGAAGAAAAAAUAAGCGUAACUGAUAUCAUCUUUGAUUUACUGACUAUAUAAAUACAUUUUACCUAAAAAUAUACUAAUCUGAUAUACUUCAUCGCAAAUUAUUAUACUCUAUUUGUAUUCAUAUUUUUUAAAUAAUAAAAAUGUAUCAUUUAA